GUCAGUCAGUCAGCACCGAGUCUCUGCUUCUGCUCCCGCAGUCUGGACUUUCUGCUCCACAUGAAGAUGUUCAGGAGCAGAUAUGAAGACGGAUAAAACUCCAAAAAGCCCAGGAGGCGAAUAAACCUUGAUAUGAUGCUGGGAUGUGAUGCCUCGGUGAACCCUGGUAAACAAACAUAUUUCAGACCGUUACUGAUGAUUCAUUGCGACAAUGUUGCUGUCUUGGUCCGUUUUCAUCGCUGUUACUGUGCUGGCUGUGCAGCUUUGUAUUGGUGAGAAAUCCUGCAACAUCAAGUCCACUGCGGGGUCAGUGGUGCAGCGGGGUUCCAGUUUCACAGUGUACUGCACCUUUAACUGCAAGCGCAAAGGAUCCAUGUACUGCGACGACCCCACCACACUACAGACGCACAAGGACUACAAUUCUACAACUAUAUAUGUUAACGUGGUGAACAUAACAAAGAGCAGAACGUACAGCUGCCGGUGUGAGUGCUGCCCUCAACUGGACCCCUGUGGACUGGACAUCUUAGCAGGAUACCCACCAGAUCACCCAGAAAACUUUACAUGUACCUACGAAGUCCGAACAAAAGAAAGUGGACUUCUGGUCUGCACUUGGAACAGAGGAAGGGACACUUAUCUUGGGACUCGAUCAAAGCUACGCGUGAGAACUGUGACUGGAAACCACACAGCUGGACCACACAGUGUCUCCAGUACGGGAACUGAGUCACUAUCAGCUAGUUUUGCCAUGUCCAGAUCUGUCCAGCUCAUCUCGGUGUGGGUUGAGGUCAAUAAUUCGCUGGGCUUUGUGGAGUCCUCCAUUAGCGAAUACUCACUCAGUGAUAUUGCGAUGCCCCUGGCUCCGGGUCUUUACCUGCUGAAGUGCUCCUCCAGAAAGUGCAUCAUCAAAGUAGAAGAACCUGUGAAGACUCAACAUGUGCAGAUCGAAUACACAGCUGAUCAACAGACAUGGACAACUUCUCUCGACUCAGUCGUACAGAUGAACUCCUCUCAGGUUCGGUCCGUCUCCUCUUUGGAACCGUACACAUUGUAUUAUUUCAGAGCCAGAUCCAAAUUCAGCACGGGUAUUUGGAGCGAGUGGAGCGCAAACAUCUCCAGCUGGACUCAGGAGGAAGCUCCUGCUGAAGAGCUGGAUGUCUGGUUUACUGAACCCGAGUCUGACUUUAAAUCCACGACAGUUUACUGGAAGGAGCCGAACACGUCCAUUUCCAGAGGGAAAAUCAUAGGUUAUAAAGUCGGCGUUGGGAGGCCAAACCUGAGGGUGUAUAAUAUCAGCGCUGAUGCCAGGAGUUAUUCUGUUCCAUUCUGUGCCGGCUGUGAAGUGACAGUGUGGGCCUGCAACUCCAAAGGCCUGUCGCCUCCUGCCAGGGUAACAACCCGACGCACCAAAGUCAAGCCCUCUCUGGAGGUGAGAGUGUCAGCAGGAAACUACAGCAUCGCCAUCUCCUGGACAAAAGCUGAAACUGCACCGCUGCUGCCGACUGGGUAUGUGGUCGAGUGGUACCCAGAAGGCCGCCAGCUACAGGAGCUCAGAUGGGUCAAACUGGACAAGAACGAGAAACAAACUGUCAUUUCAGGUAUUAAAGCGUUUGAGUGCUAUGAAGGAGCCGUGUAUGUUUUCUACAAUGAGAGUUCAGUGAGUUGGACCAGAUUUAAAGGUGUCGCCACUUUGGAGUCAGCUCCAGCAGCUGGUCCGACGGUCAAAGAGAAGGUUGAGGGAAACGAAGUGAAAAUUACUUGGACAGAGCUUCCCAGGAGUCAACGCAGAGGCUGCAUCUCCUCGUACAGCAUCUAUUUAGAGGACAGCAGUGGACACCGAGAGCUCUACUCAGUAGCAUCACCAGAGAGAACAUAUACGAUCAAAGGCCUUUCUCCAGGAGUCUACAGUCUGUCGAUGAGCGCUUCGACUUCCACAGGAGGAGAAGGUCCUGCAGGUCAGAAGGUCAAGUUCUUCAUCGACCAGGAAGCUCAUAUUUCCCUCCUGCUGGUGUGUGGAAUCCUCUCUGUGAUCGCCCUGUUUCUAGUGUGUUUGUGCCAGUGUUCAGCCGUAAAGCAGAGGUUCUUCGAGUUUUUCCAGUGCUUCAUGCUCGAUGUCGUGCCAGAUCCUGCAAACAGCAAAUGGGCCAAAGAGUACACACAAGACAAGGACAAGAUGAGCCUGAUGCCUCAGCAGAGUAACUCCAGCGCGAGCACUGAGGAAGAAGAGCCGAUCCUGGUGGAUGUGGAGGAGCUGCCCAAGCAGAGCAGCGACGUCUCCAUGCCGACAGACGUCUCCAUGCCGACAGACGUCUCCUCGCAGCUUCCUCCUCAGACCGGCCUGAACCCUGGUACUGAUCCGGCCACGCUGCUGUAUCCUCCAACCACCUACAUCAAGAGCUUCUCCCACGACUCGGACAGCUCCGACCAGACGCAGACCUCUCUGGACACCAACUCAACCGUCGACUACAUCUCAUCACACGGGCCGGGAAACUUGGACGAGGAAGAUGAAGAGGAAGAGGAGGAAGAGUUUGUAGGCAUGAACUUCUUCCCAAGUCACAACAUCUUCCUAGAUUCACUGGAGUUUGGAGGGAAGCUGACUCUGGAUGCAGUGAAAAUUGACUGCAGUGACUUCUUUCAGAACACUUAGUGUUUAAAACAACUACUUUUUAGAAGAGGAGUGCUACAAAACAAAAGAGACCAGAAACAAUGACUGGAUCAAGCACCCAGCUGAGAUGUGCCUGAACUACCUCUGCGCUCACUGAAACCACAAGUGAACCUUUCUUUUAUGCAGCAGUAAUGUUUAAUUCAAAGGGUAUUUUUUUCAUUUCAUGCAUUACAAUUGUUUUCUCCGCAGAACAACUAUGGACACACUAAGGGCAUGACUGAAAUGAACACAGCUCAGGCUGCAAGGCAGAGAGAUUGUAAUUUCUGACUAUUUUAUCUGAGGUAUAAAAAAGAGGCUGCAUCUCGCUGCUGGCAGCCCUUAAAAGCCUUUUUCACUGCAUUUAUUUUGACUUUUUAUAGUGGGAAAAACAAUGUUAGCAGCUAACGCCAAAAUGAAAUUGAACUCAGCUGUAUUCUUUUCAGUCUUAUUUAUAUUUUUUUUUUACAACAUAAUUAACCUCAAAUAAUUUGACAUAGUGAGGUGAGUAUAUUAUUAUGGAGAGACACCCAACGAAUCCAAAGAUUCCCUUUAAGCAGCUCUUUGGCAACAGUGGGAGGAGAAAACAGAAGGAAACCUCUGGCAGAAUCAGGCUCUGGGAGGACAGACAUCUGCCUCGACUGGUUGGGGUGAUGGUAAAGGGGAGAGAAAAGGUUAGCAGAAAACAGAAAACAGACAAUCAGAAGAAAAUUCUAAACAAUGGGGAGGUGGUGACAUCAGAAAAUGCAGCUCAGAGACACCUGGAGAGGGAACAAAACUACAGAAGAGUGAACACAGAGUUAGUGACAUACAAUGGUUACAUAUAAAUGUAAAUACAGAGAAAGAGAGGACAGAGAUGAUCAGUGCACCAUAGGAAGUCCUCCAACAGCAAAACUAAAGGAUGAUUCAUAUACUCACCGGAGUCAGCUUUAACUAGAAACGUCAUCAAAAAGGAAAGUUUUAGGUUUAUUCUUAAAAGUAGAAAAGGUGUCUGCCUCCUGCACCCAAAUGAGGAAGUCUCAGAGCAAAGCACCACACUGGGAUAAUAUGGUACAAUAGGAUCUUUAAAAUACAAUAGUGCUUAUUCAGUAAGAGCUCUGUGUGUGCAGAGAAUGAUAUUAAAUUCUGGAUUUAGCAGGAAGCCAACACUAGGCUCAGUGCUAAUAUCUGACAAAUAUGAUCUUCUGUUCGUACUAUUUAGCAUUUUGGAUCAGCUGAAGGUUUUUCAGAGUUAUUUAGACAUCCGGAUACCAAAAAAUACCAUUGUCCAGUCUAGAAGUUAUAAAUGCACCGACCACUUUGACUAUAUCACACAGGUGGAAGAAGACUGUCUUGAGACUUGUUCUAUGUGAGUUUAAGGACAUAUUAGGCAAAAUUUUGUUAUUUACACCAAUGCUUUUUCUAGUAUGUCAAAAUGUCCAGCAUACAAAAAUGUAAAUCCAUACUCCAUGUACUGGUAUUAUAGCCUUGACUAUUCUGUAUUGUGACUAUGCUUUCCAAUAAACUCAUCCUACCUCAGUCUGAGCUCCUCUGAAAGAGAAGGAAGUUAAACAGACUCAGUUAGAACCAGCGGCAACAUCUAAUGUUUUUUUCUUAAAAAGGAAAUGUUAUCAAGUGUCUGGAAGAAGUUGUCAGGUUGUGCACUAAGACCAACAUGACCAUGUUAACGGACACAAUGAGGGAUGUCUACUACACUCACUGAGCACUUUAUUAGGAACAUCUGUGCAUCUGAUUGUUCAUGCAAUUAUCUAAUUAGUCAAUCAUGUUGCAGCAGUGCAAAGUAUAAAAUGACUGCAGCUCCAAGUCUUCAGGUAAUGUUCAUAUCAAACAUCUGAACGGGGAACAAAUGUGAUCUCAGGGACCAAAAAAUGCUGGAAUUUCACAAUAGACUCUAAAUUUUACUCAGUAUGGUGCAAAAAAUAAAAGGAGCUGAUAAAGUCAGCAGUAACUCAGAUAAACAAUGUACAGUUGCGGUGAGAAGAAAAGCGGCUUUGGCUCACAAAACAUCCAGACUUGAGGAAGACGGAACAAAAUCACAUCAAGUUCCAUCCUGUUAGCCAAGAACAGAAAUCUGAGGCUGCAGUGGAAACAUGCUCCACAAAACUGUACAGCUGAAGACUGGAAACUGUAGCCGGAUCUGGUAAAUUGGGAUGCCUGAAGAGUUUGUUUGAUGUCAUUGAAAAUAUAGAAUUUCCUCAUCUG